ACGAGAAUCAUUUUGAUUCGGAAAUUUGCGUUGCGAAACGUGUUGUUUUUGUCUAUUCGAUAUAAGGAGAAUGUCCUUUAUUUUAUUUAAAAGCUAGUUUAAAAUCUUGUAUUAUCAGCAACACGAAAGCAUUUUAAACUAUAAGCGACACCAGAUUCUCCGUUUUAUAAAAUGGAAGACCUACGAUUUCUACCACCAAUCGCCAAACCUAAAAAGUUCACCCCACGUAAUUGGUCCACUGUUGACCCGCUCCCGUUAAGCUCGAAUCAAACAAACUGUGCAGGAACUUCGUACGACGUCAAAAGGGAUCUGGAAUCCAACGUAGUGGGUUUUUUCACCGGAUUAUCGAUUGAGGUAUGGGAUACCAAAGAUAUUGGUAGACUAUGCCGUGGUGGAUGCUUCGGUCAAGGAACAUUGUCCCGCUCAUUUCCAGCAUGUGUUCGCGGAUUCGGAUUCACUGAGACGCAGCCCAGCGUCCAAUCAAAGGAAGAAAAUUUGGCUUUAAGUUUUGAGGAAGCUUAUUUUCUACUGCACGAAUUGCGCUGCCUUGAAGUUCAAGCAUUAGACGAAAGUGUCCUUGAUGAAUUUCAGUUACUUGAAAAGUUCACCAAAGUGAAGCGUUUUUUCAUUGCGCAUUAUGUUGCUUUCAUGUAUUUUAGAGCCAAAAAUUGGAUUGUUAAAAGUGGCAUUAAAUUUGGAGGAGAUUUCCUAUUAUACCAAAGAGGGCCACAAUUUUACCACGCAUCUUAUAUCGUACUAGUUCAGCCCAUUCAAAGUAAUGGUGAAAAGUUUUCAAAUUCGGUACAUUAUUUGGAAAAUUAUGAUUUUCAAUGCUUCAACCGGAUAGCUGAAACCACAGCAAAACACUUGUUAGUAUUAGAGGUACAUUUCCCAAAAAACAUUGAUCCCUACAAUCCUGUUCAAUGCAUCGGAAGCUUGGAUAAGUUCGCCGUUAGUGAAAUUUUCCCUAGCCAUCAUAAUUAUUUAGCCGCUCGGACAAGUCAUCAAUCUAAAAGCUAAAAUUCUAUAAUACUUAUGUAGUUGUUUCAAUAUUUUCUUCUCAUCAAUUUGACAUUCAUACAACAAAAAUCUAGAAUCAACAAUAAAAAAAAACUUGCCGAAUCUA